CACAACAGCAAAAACAAAACCUUCCCACGCAAAACAUUUGAUAAAAUACAAUGACAGAGGUGAAAUCAUGAUCCCUGACAAGGAAAUAGACAGAGGUCAAAAACAGCUUCAAGAAUUAAUUCUCUUUGCACAUAAGACAACAGCUCUGAACAAUGGAGAUGCAUAUUGUCUCCAGCGAUGAACAUUCCCCAUCUAUGAGAUCAUUGAAACUGCUGGUAUGGACCUUGAUCACGUCCCGCAUUUAAUAGAUGCUGUAAAUGAUAUAAAAGCGAGAGAGAGAACCUACAGGUACAACAGUGAGACAUCACGAACUCAUCGACAUCAUGAUCUUCGCCAUUACAUGUCUUGCCCUAGUGGCCUCUGCUCUGGGUUGUGGAGUGCCUGCGAUUAAGCCACAGACGAUUGGCAGCAAGAUUGUGAACGGACAGAAUGCCAUCUCUGGUGCUUGGCCCUGGCAGGUCUCUCUCCAGCAGCCCAACGGAUUCCACUUCUGCGGUGGAUCCCUGAUCAACCAGAACUGGGUUCUCACUGCUGCUCACUGCGGUGUCGUAGUGGGCUAUCAUCAUGUCAUUCUUGGAGAACAUAAUCGUGGCUCCAAUGUUGAACCCAUCCAGGUCAAACUAGUUUCCAAGGUCAUCACCCAUCCGCUCUACAGCAGCUCGACCAUCAACAAUGACAUUGCGUUGCUGAAACUUGUGUCUCCAGUUGUCUUCACUCACCGUAUCUCUCCUGUAUGUCUGGCUCCAUCAACCAUCAACAUCCUGACUGGAACCCGCUGCUUCACCACUGGAUGGGGCAAAACUGCCACCACAUCGAGUCCUCUAAUCCUGCAGCAAACAGGUCUGCCCAUCACGAGUUCUGCUGUGUGCAGACAGAUCUGGGGUCAGAACAGAAUCACUGAUGCCAUGAUCUGUGCUGGAGCCUCUGGAUCCUCAUCUUGCCAAGGUGAUUCUGGUGGUCCUCUGGUGUGUGAGAGUUCAGGGGUCUGGACUCUGGUGGGGUCUGUGUCCUGGGGCAUCCGCUCUUGUGACACCCGUUACCCUGGAGUCUACGCCCGUAUCUCCCAACUGCGCUCCUGGAUUGACACGACUAUUGCUUCCAACUAGAGUGCCAGUCUGAAUAUUUAUUGAAUAUAACUAAGUCUGGACUUCUGAUUGCCUGUCUGUGACUUUAUACUGUUUUCCUGUUUCAGCUGUACAAAUAAUAAAAAUGUGUUAAAUAAAAUGAUGAGUAAAAUAAAAUGGA